AUGAAAUCGAAGUACCAUCCAAACGGGAUUCCCGCCAAGCAAACAUGCCUGAACGCGGCAGACAAUCUCGAGCGGGAAUUCCAAAAGAUCGGAUUCACAAAGUGGAGCUUCGUUAUCUAUCGCUGCACAUAUCAAAGCCAAGAAAACUGGGACAGAUUUAUGGACCUCUUCCUCCACACCGUCACAGAUUAUUUUGAAUUUCACAAGGGUCUAGAUACGCUAGAAAGAUUCCGCCCGACAGUCUUUGAAGACCCCUCAUUUGAUGUGGUUAAGACUGCUAAGCGGCAGGAACAGGGUAUUGAUACUCUCUACACGUCGGGUCGCUUUUUAUUUUUUGUCAUGGUCGACCAGGAGGCGCUAGAGUCUGUCUUGAAUUCGAAGGCUAUGAUCACAACCGGAUUUGUUCGUCUGGUUUAUGGAGACUGGGAACCGGCGGAGGUAAAUGAAGAUGGCGACGAGGAUGAGGAGCUCUAG